AUGAAUACCACUGCAAUUGGAAGUAUUUUCCUCGCCUGGCUGUGGGUCCUGCUUCUCCUUCGCCCUCAGCCAGGAUCCGGGCAGCUCCUGGACGCGGCAUGCGGAAUUCGUGCUCCCCCAAUUGCUUCCGAAGUGAUCCGCGGCAACAUUGCGGGAUUGACCUCUAGUCCCUGGAUGGUAUUUCUUCAUUCGACCGACAAUAUGUUCGUUUGCGGCGGAUCCCUGAUCACUCCCCGACUAGUACUAACGGCAGCGCAUUGUUUUUUACCCAACACACAACUGGUUGCUCGUCUGGGAGAGUACCAAAGAAGCCAGGAUGACAAGUGUCAUAACACUGCGGCGGGUCCUUACUGCACUGUCCGAGAGGAGCACUAUAUAGACGCUGUCUUUAAGCAUCCGCUCUAUGAUACGGCAACGCAAUCCAACGAUAUUGCCAUUCUACGAAUGAUAAACCCUGUGGUCUACAAAAACAACAUAAAGCCCAUUUGCAUCGUCUUGAAUCCCAGAUGGAGAAACUAUAUCGAUAACCUUACUUCCCUCGUCGGCACUGGAUGGGGCGGCGACAGCGAUUACCUGAUGACCAGGAGAAUGCCCCGCCAGGGUCCUGAGAUCUGCACCGAGUAUAUUAGGAGUCGUCCCCUAGCGAGUAAUCAGUUUUGCGCCGGCAACAUGAAAAACAAUAUGUGCAACGGCGACGGCGGCGGUCCGCUGGGGGCAAUGGUUCGGAUCGGAAAUCAAACGCGUUUCGUCCAAGUCGGCAUUGCCAGCUAUACGAACCGGCAUUGUACCCUUGCCGCCGUUUUCACGGACGUCCUGAGCCACGUGGACUGGAUUCUCAAGGUGGUGCGAAAUCAUGGCGAUGGUCAGCCUGCGCCACAGCAAGCUUGAUCGAGGCAACCGCAAGGGAGAGUUCAAUCACAAUGAAGGCGUUCUCUGGUGGAGGAGAGCAACCAAUUAAUUAAUUUGAGUCAAAAGUGUGCAAAGCAGUCAAGCAUUUAUUUCCGACCCUAUAAAUCGUAUAUAUUCUUGAUCAGCAUCA